AUGUUGAAAGACUCACAUGUUCCUGUGUUUCUCUGCUCCUCUCUUUCCCUCUCGGUCUCCUCUACAGGAACACUUGUGGUCAAUGCGGCUCACAGAUCCUGUCAAGCAGAAGUGGACCAGAACCUCACCCUGGAGUGGGCCUUCACACUCAUACCUGACAGCUCUCUGCAGACUCUGAACAUUGUCUGUAGUAUGUUCAACAAUCAGAAAUACUCAGUCCUGUUCCAUCUCCAUAAAGGAGCGGAGGUCCCACAGAAGAAGAGAGACUUUGAAGGACGAGUCCGGUGUGACAAAGAGGACCUCAGAGAGGGACGGAUCAGACUUGAUGUGUCCUCACUCAGGACUGAAGACUCAGGCUGGUAUCAGUGUGAUGUCCUCACUGAGCACGAGAAGAGCUGGGACAGAUUUUAUCUCAGUGUGACUGGUGAGUUGAUUUAUUUCUCAGCAGAACUUUAA